UGGGCAAUGUCUCGUAAAAUUGACGGUUCCUACCGCUCCUAACCUCCCCGGUAAACCCCCUCACUCGGCCCCGACCCGAACACACUCUCCACCCACCCAUUUAAUUGCACUUCACAAACUGAUUUUGACUUGAACCUUGGGGUAUAUUGACAUUCUUCAACAUUAUAGGUCCUAUUUUCAUAUUAAAAAUUGAAAGUUUUAUUUUCUAUACUCCGUAUAAAGCAUAGUUGAGUAAUUCCCCCCUUUUUUGUACUCCUAGAGUGUAAAACCUGUUCAGAUUUAAGGAAUGCAUCAACAUGUUGGUGCGAUCGUUUUGGGCAGGGCAACUCAUUUCUCAGCUCAAUUUGACGUUUUGGAAGCUGGAUUGGGCAAGAAUCGCAGGUCAACCCUCACGGGUCACUGUUCACCUGCGACAUUUGAAUGUUGAAAUCACCUCGGUUCAAGCUUGUUUGAAGGCAUAUUUUUGGGGGAUUAUGGGCGACAUGGGAUGCUCUCUCAACACCUUAGAUUGGAUUUCCAUUCCAAUUCAAAGAGAUUGUGAUUUGAGCAAAAUUUGGGUUCUUCGUCACUUUUCACAGCGCUGAAUUGAACCCCAGCUUCAUGUGCCAACAUUGAGGUUGAGCAGCAGGCAACAGCCCAAAGCACAAUCAUUACCAAUUGCAAUGUAACAAAGCUAAAGAGAAAAGAAUCAGCUAAGAUGGGAGACUACCUGAAUAAGCUGCUCAGCCGUUU